CUGGACAUUGCACACGGGGAUCUUCGACCUAGCAACAUCCUUCUAGACACCUCCCAGAAUCUGAAACUCAUAGAUUUUGACUGCGCGGUCAAAUUUGGGGAGGAGCUGAUUGCAGGAGGUGCUCCUUUUUGUAAAAUGAAUAAUGGGUUCAAAUCACCAGCGGCUGGCGUCGAGACCGAGGUUUUCGCUAUCGGGUCUUGCGUGUAUGACAUUCACCUUGGGCACGAGCCCUGGUCUGAGCUCAAUGAAGUUGAUGGACAUGAGGUGGCGAAGAAAUGGUGUAGACAUGAGUAUCCUCCACCUGGUGGCGAUGAGAUUGGUGUGAUCAUUCAGAGAUGUUGGGAUGGUGAAUUUAAGUCUAUCAGAGCGCUCGAUGCCGUUGUCAAGACAUUG